AGUCACUUCUUCUGCUUCUGCCUCCUGUUUCUUUUUCGCUACUUCGUCUUCUCACGGGGGGCCCUUGCUUCCAGCAAGCCCAGCACCGAUCGUCUCCCCGUCUUCCCCUCCCCCGCGAACGGCUCCUCCAGACCGCACGGUCUCCCCAUUCGAACGGCCCACGUGUUCGCGAGAUAAACCAAGGGCCACACAAGGAAGAAAGCGUCGCCCAUCGAUCGAGAAACAGACAUGGCGGGCUCGUCAACCCCCGGCGCCGAGGGCCCUACCUUUGCGCCUCCCAGCCUGCCCGCUGGCUGGAUCGCCCAGUGGGACGGAUCCAGCAGGAAGUACUACUACGUCCAGCUCGCCACGGGCGUCUCGCAGUGGGAUGUGCCCACGGAUCCCGUGCAGACGGGCACGCCGGUCCCGGGCAGCGAGCAUCCCUACGGCUCGCCAGCGCCUCAGGUCAUCACACACCCGGACGGCUCGCAGACGAUAAAGCACGCGGACGGGAGGAUGGAGCCCAUCAUGCCCGACGGCAGGGGCCCUGAUGGCCCGACGGGCGAUCGAGGACUCGGGUCAAUGGCGAUGAACAUGCUCAUGGGCGGCAAGGGUUCCGGCGGCCACGGCAGCGGCGGUCACGGUGGCAGCGGCGGCAAUCCCCUCGGCGGCCUCGCUGCUUCGUUCCUCGGAGGCGGUUCGCACGGAAGCAGCGGCGGCCACGGCAGCAGCGGUGGCGGCAAGGAUUCUAUCGCCGGCAAGCUGGUCGGACAGCUGGCGUCGGGCCUGUUCUCGCCUUCGGGCAAGCCCUCGCAGCAGUCGCAUUCGCAGCAGGGCUACCACGGCAGUUCGUCCGGCGGCACGCCGCAUCAGCAGGGCGGUCUGGGCGGCCUUGUGGGUGGUGUGGCCUCUCACUUCAUGGGAGGGGACAAGCCCGGUCACGGUGGCCAGAGCUUUGGCUACUCGAAUACGGGAUCGAGCGGUAACACCUACUCGGGGCAAGCGCCGACCUACAACCCUCCGGGGUCUACCCACGGCUCGAGUCACUCAGCGACGCCGUCAUCACAUGCUGGCGCGCACCAGAACCCUCCGUCUGGCCAUAACAACUCCUACCCUCCGCCUCCUCCAGGUGGACCCCCCGGUGGCCAGACAUAUGGACACCAGACAUACGGCAGCCAAUCCUACUCGCAUAGUCCGGCUGCCAGCCCAUACGGCGGAUCGCACGACCAGCACGCGACACAACACGGGGCUGGUGGCUACACGCCGCAGCAGCCGAGCUACGGCACUCCGUCCCACCAGCAAGGCUACGGAGCUCCCUCGCCGAGCGGCCAUCAGCAGGGAUAUGGCGCGCCGGCAGGGCAGCAUCAGCCGGGCUAUGGCGCUCCGCCUGGAGGACAGCACCAGCAACCCAACUACGGUGCGACGACGCCGGGCGGCCAUCCCCAGUACCCCCCUCCUCCUGGGCAUCAGCAACAAUACCCCCCGCCGCCCGGACAAUACCCUCCGCCUGGCGGACAAGGCGGCGGUUACAACCAGUCGUAUGGUGCUCCAGGGGGGCAGCAGCCUUACGGGCAGCAACCAUACCAGCCGGGAGCUCCUCCUGUACCUCAUGGCAGCCAUCCCAGCCACGGAGGAUAUGGUAGCGGCUACUAGAAGAGCCCUCUUCAGUACUCCUCGUACUCGGUUUCAGGAGAAAAGAAUGCAUAGAAUUCGUCUCUGUUUCCGCACUGACGACAGGUUCCAAGAGGCGACGAAUACUUUGCGAUGACUCGCAUCGUAUUGCUGGCAAAGGAGAGAGAUGCGUCUAUAAUUCACGUACGAAUAAUGCGGUGAUAUUAGGGAGGCGAUGGAUUCCUUAUGAAAAUUAAAAAGAAACACGUCGUAUGGCAUGUCGAGAG